UCAGAAAUGAUCCGUUCAUUCUGUCACGCUUUCUAAACUUUGUCAUUUUUGCUUUUUUCUUCGAGAUCCGAUUCGUUGUAUCUGUCGCCUUUUAAAUGUAGAAAGUGAGGCAAAAUGUAAUUCAACAAACAGACAAGACGUCGGACAAGAAAUUAAUUACAUCUUCACAAUAAUGAAAGAAACGUAUCUUUUAUCCUUGGAAGAGGAAGGAGAAAAGAAAACGCAAUUGUAUGUACGAGUGUAGAAAGUACAGUUAAAAAUAUAGAUCUUUUUAGAGCGGGAUAAAAUUUUAUAUAUAAGCUCAAUUAUUAUUGUUAUUAUUACUUAUGUUAAUUUUUUCGAUGCUACAAAUAUACGGAGAGGCGAAUUUUAUGUCACUAAUACGUUAUCAAAAAAAGUACGGACAACAAAUCUGUCACAUCGCGAUGACGUCACCAAUGUAUACAUGGAAGAUUGAUCGAGAGGACGGAUGUCAAGUAGAAGAGUGAGAAUAGACGGUGAGAGGUAUUCGUUGAUGCCAAGGAAAAACGUACGGACGACAUGUCCUUCCUUCGUGGCUCCGCCAACUAUGUCUGGUGCACCACCAGCGUACUUGGUAAGGGUGCGACUGGCGCGGUAUUCCAGGGUGUCAACAAAAACAAUGGGGAACCCGUCGCGGUCAAGACUUUCAAUCAGCUUAGCCACAUGCGGCCGCACGACGUACAAGUGAGAGAGUUCGAAGUGCUGAAAAAAGUCAAACACGAGAACAUCGUCAAACUGUUGGCGAUCGAGGAGGAGCAGGAUGGCAGGGGUAAAGUGAUCGUCAUGGAGCUCUGCACUGGCGGUAGUCUCUUCAAUAUCCUGGACGAUCCCGAAAAUACGUACGGUCUCGCGGAGAGCGAGUUUCUGCUGGUAUUAGAACAUCUGUCAGCUGGUAUGAAGCAUCUACGCGACAAUAAUCUGGUUCACAGGGACCUUAAACCAGGUAAUAUAAUGAAAUUCAUCGCCGAUGAUGGUAGUACGAUAUAUAAGCUCACCGAUUUCGGAGCCGCUCGAGAAUUGCAGGAGGAUCAACAGUUUGUUUCUCUGUACGGUACCGAGGAAUAUUUGCAUCCGGAUAUGUACGAGCGUGCGGUCCUGCGAAAACCCGUCGGCAAAACAUUCGGUGCAACCGUCGACCUAUGGUCUAUAGGUGUGACCCUUUAUCAUGUCGCAACGGGAAAUUUACCAUUUAGACCAUUUGGCGGGCGUAGGAACAAGGAGACCAUGUUCUACAUCACGACGAAGAAAGCGUCGGGCGUGAUAUCUGGACUACAAACUUCAGAAAACGGGCCGAUCGAGUGGAGCAGGGAAUUGCCGCAGACUUGUCAGUUGAGCGCAGGCCUGAAGAAGAUAGUGACUCCAUUGCUGGCUGGCUUGCUCGAAGUGGAUCAGCAAAGAAUCUGGAGCUUCGAUCGAUUUUUCAGCGAAGUCACAGACACGCUUUGCCGAAAACCAAUUCAUAUAUUCAAUGUUCAUCAAGCCAGCCUAAUCAAGGUUUUCCUACAUCCGGAAGAGAAGUUAGUUGCUUUGCAGAUACACAUUCAGGAUCAAACCGAGAUCAUGCCCCACGCGCAAAUUCUUCUUUUUGGCGACGCACCUCUCAUGAAUUUUAUUGAGGAAUCUACACCAGGCAAGGGAUAUCCCAACACUAGCAACGAUAAGCCGUUGAUGCUCUUCUCACGAGAGAACAACAAUGUCGUGCUGCCGACGGAGACUGAAUUGCCCAAGUUUCCCGUCUUCGCGAAUCUCGUUUCCGUAGAGAACGAUGCAAGCCAGGCCAAAGUUGCAUGUUCCGUAGGCCACGUCUGUAAACGUAGAAUUGAUAAAUUGGCAUUGUGCAGUAAACUAUUGCGAGAUGCUAUAGAGGCGUUUAGUGGACUCUUGUCUACUGAACUCACCCGAGUAUUGGGAAAGUGUCAUCAUUCAAAAGAAUUUACGAAAGCAAUGGAGGAUAUCAUAUUAGCAAUUGAAAGGAAUGAGACUUUUGCUAAGCAUGUUUUUCGAAAAUUCGGAGGUGGCGGUCAAACUGCGGUGGAGGUGAAAAACUGGCGGAAAGAGUUGGAUGCGAAGAACAAAGAGCUUACUACUGAACUGACUCCAGCGAUAGUACAACUUCAUCAAAGAUAUGUAAAAGAGGGCAGUUUACGCGGAGAAUGGGAUAAUAGUACUCGCGGCUUGUGGUGUCCGUGGGCGACGAAAGCGAGUCAGAGAGCAGCGACGUUAGUUGAUCGCUUGAGAGACGGAUGGCAACACUUAUUGAGAGACAGGGCCACUCGUAGUCUCACUUACAACGAUGAACAGUUUCAUGUUCUUGAACGUAUAAAGGUCACGGAAACAGGACGUCGAUUGAAAGCGCUUCUCGAGACGGAAUGUAUACCAGCUAUGACGCAGAGAUCGGAGUGCGUCGCAGAUUGGUACAAAAUGGCACAAACGGUGUUCUUGCAAACUCAGAUAUUAGACAAGGACAUAGAUGGUUACGAACACGCAUUGGAAUCGUUCUCCUAUCGUCUAUCGCAGGAAAGUAAAGAACGUAACGAGAACCUUUUGCAUUCGUUGGAUAGGCUGCCUGGAAAAUUGAAAACAAUCGAGAAAACGAAUGUGCCGGCACAGGAAAGCACCAAGAAGUGGCGCAAUAUUUGUGAUACGCAAGAACAAAUUGCAGUACUUCUUUAUGAAAAUGGUCUGUUUAUAGAUCAGCUUGACAAUUUGUCAGUGAUUGAUAGAGUGGAAGAUAUAGGCGAUGCGCAAUAUGAACUUUAAUAUGUGCAAUUUUGUCAUUUCUCUAUCAAUCAUAUGACAAUAUACUUAUGAGAUGAAGACUGAAAAUUAGAGUGUAUAUAUUAACAGAAUCCGAGAUAUAUGUAUGUACGGGAUUAAUGCUGAUAUAGAUUUUAGCUAAGUUAAAUGAAGACAAGGUUUACAUUUUUUAUUCCUUUAAGCAAAUAAAUGACUACUUUACUUUAAAAUCAA